AUGGCGCUCAACGGGACUGCAGUUCCUGUCGCAGACAUGGACAUUGACAUGGAUCUUGACCUCGGACCUGAGCCUGAACCAGAACUCGAAUCCAUUCAGCUGGAUCAAACACAAACCUCGAACCAGGAUAAUACUCUUGACCCUCUCACGGAGGAAGCGGUCUACGAAAAGGUGCACGUUCGCGGGGUCGAUGAAAUGACCACAGAGAAUAUAAAACAAUUUGCUCGUGAAUGUUCUGGCCAGGAGCCAGUGCGCAUUGAAUGGAUUGACGACACUUCCGCCAACAUCAUCUACCCCUCCACCGAAAUCGGCCUCCAAGCUCUGGCAGCCUUCACCCAAGUCCCUGAAGAAGAAGACGCGUCUUCCUUGCCUCCUCUGCGUCUCCGAUCUGCGAAGCUCUUCCCAUCCCAUCCCGACUCCGUCAUACAAGUUCGAUCGGCUGUCAAGUCUGACCGCAAGCAAGCACGCGCUCAUGAAAAGAGUCGCUUCUACCUCAUGCACCCCGAACACGACCCUCGGGAACGUCUGCGACAAGAAUUCAAGGACAGGCGGCACAGUGAGGAUUCAGGAGAUGGCAAUUACAGCAGACGCAGAUUUGAUGAUCGGGAGCACCGACGCCGCCGAGAUCGGGAUGACGACGACAACUUCAAUGCCGACAUGUACGGCGACGAUGUGGGUUCCAGUAACUCCGGACGACAGCGGAGAGGCCGCGGCCAUGGUCCGAGAGAACUCUUCCCAGGAGAAGAAGACCGAGCGAGUGGACGCCUCCGUAAUCGCAGUGCAUCACCGGGACGAGACACACUGGAGGAGCAACUCCAGGCCAAUAAAAGUGGUCGAGAUGACAGCCGGCGGUUCCGGGACAGGUCGCCGCGCCAUUCUCGCCCGAAAAAAGAUCUCUUCGCAGGUGACGGCGACGCGCCAGGAAACCGUGAGCUUUUCCCGAACAAGCCGGCCUCCAGCUAUAUCAAGAAGGAGCUAUUCCCUAUCAAACCCAGCCACCAUCGUCGCUCGGAUGCGCUUGACGCAUCCCGUCCUUCAGGAAACUCGGAGAACAGGCGCCAAAGCAACAUCGAACUUUUCCCUGAUUCCGAUGAGGGCGCCCGCAUCCGCGGUGCAGCCGGCGCAGCCGGCGAAGAUCAAGGGUAUGCCAUCCGCGGCGGUGCAUCGCAAGGCCUGUCAAUCAAAGGCAGGGGAUCUUCCGUGCGCGAACUGUUUCCUUCCAAAUUCGACCAUGGGACCAACAACAAUGCCGGAAAGGAAUUGUUUUCCGACACGUUAGAGGGACGUGGUGGUCGUCGACGUCGGGCCGAGGAUAUGUUCAGCUGA